ACUGCAGUUGUAUAAUAUUCUACAUUAUCUUACAUCACAUUGGAUAUUAGUGUUAAUAUUCAGGGGCAAUGAUGUAAUGAUGUAUUAUACACUCGAACUACGAACACUUUCCCAUUUAUUUCUUCAUUCACUUCACAAGUUUGCAUAAAGUUUGGCAACACUAUGACAUGACACGUAAUGUAGUAUACGUGUAUAUUAAUGUGUUAUAAUCGGUAUACUGUAGUAUAGUAUUUACAAAUAUAUAAUCUACACCAAUUCAUUUACUUGGCCUCCGGUUCAGAUUAAUAUACACUGGCUUUUCUUUGCAUCCGUGUGGGCGGGGUUUGUGGGAAGCCCCGCCCCAUGCGCACGGACGCCGCGUCCGUAUUGGUGAUCAUGCAGCGCUGGGAUAGAUGAGGGAAUGUCAAACUUGUUGCCGACUGUAGAGGUAAACACAUAAAGAAAAUCGGGACAACGUAAAGAUGAACGGUGCGUCCUGCUGGAGCGUCGCGUUUUGGAACCACGGCGAGCCGCCGCUCUAACAGGCGAGUAAGCGGGAGUUGAGCGCUCACCUCGCCGCCGCUCCGUUACAUUUCCCACAGUGACAAACCGCCGUGUUCCGGACAUUCAGCCUGCAGGCGAGAGACGCGCGCGCGCACAGACGGACUGCUCCUCGACUCCACAAUGAGACAAGUUUAUCUUCGUGCAGACGGAAAAAUGAUGACAAAGAUGGCGGAGUAAACACGAUCUUCCACAUUUCGCAACAUAUGAGCUUGGCUUGGGCGCGUUUGGGAGCGUGAGGAUGGGUCGUGUGCUGCUUGGCGCUGCGCCGGUUUCGCUGCCUGCAGCCUGCAGCCUUAUUCACGGCAAAGUCAUGUUAGUCAAGCUUUUUUGAACAUGUGCGUUCUUCAGGCUUUUAUCUUUAAGCUCGUGAGUGUGUGUCCUCCUCGCCAACAAAAGGACCAAAGUUUUUCUCGCUGCGUCGAUUUUACGGCGACUGCCCUCUGUUUGGGGCUCCGGAGCAUGGACCUGGUUGGAAAAGAAGAAAUUAAUAAAAAAGUGAACAUUUUGGAAUACAGAAAAUGGGAUUAGUGAUCAUUUUGGAUUAUUUCCAUUAAUUUUUUUUUUUAAAUUAUUAUCUGUGUGGUGAUUGUGGGCUUUAUGAACAGUAAUUGCACAAGCCUUGUGCACAGUAACAAUGAACACUAACUAUAACAGUUCUGGAUUUGACAUGAAAGCACCAUCAGUAGGUGUAGAGCCAGUAUUGGGCCCUUUGAACGAACCCCCCAUGCAGGGUCUCGGCUUCACUUCGGGUAGAGAGCAGUAUGGAUUCCAGCCUCACAGCCAUGGAGAUAUGCUCAAUAUCGGACUACAGCAGCAGCAUCAGCUCCAUAUGCCGCUGCCUUUCAACAACCAACAGCUUAAUCCUGACCAGCCUUCACACCCCUACCAGGAUGGGGUCACCUCCUGCCUGCAUGGGGACAGACACAUUGGCUUCAGUGGCAGCAACACAGGCCACCAGCACAUGUUCGAGACAGAAUUCAAUCAUUUCACAGAAGCUCAGACGCGAGAAUGCAUCUCGCAGCAGCAGCGGCUAGCCAGCAUGCCUGAUUAUCAGCUCCACGGCCAUCCUAAUGGUAAUCACGCCGUUCCGGCCCCAUGUUUGCCUCUUGACCAGUCGCCCAAUCGGGCCGCGUCCUUCCAUGGUCUCCCAUCCUCCUCUCCUGAAAGCAACAGACUGGAGCACUAUAGACUUUUCCCACAGGGAAGGGUAGGGGGGUCUCAAUACUGUUACCCAUGCGAUCCUAUCUCUGGACAUUUUGAUAUGGCCGGAUUUUCUACUCCUGAUUCCACUGAACCCAAAUUGUCCUAUUGUGAAGCAGGGAACCAGAUGGUUGGAGGUAAUUUCUCCACCUUCAAUCAAAGCGGCUCACGAGCUCCUAUGAUUGGCGGUUCUAAAGUCGAUCAGCAACUACCUCAGCAAAACACUUAUUCAGAGAGGUUUGGGAACAGGGGGAAAUUGGAACCAGGGGUCACUCCUAGACAUCACCUCAUGGCCCAACAGAGAGCAGGACCCAUGGCUAGGCAGAACCCUGGCUCCCCUGUUCUUCCACGGUUGUACCACACGCCAGAGUUUGUUCCAAAUAGUCCGGACAUGCAAAACAACAAUGUAGUGCUCCAUGGUCAGCAUGGCCAGCUGGAUCAUCCCAUACACAGAUUAAAUAACCACAACAUGCAUCCAUUUGGGGAGCCCAUGUUUAAUCCCCAGUUUGGACCUCAACCACCCCAUCAACAGCAUCUCAACUCUUUUCCCUAUUUAAAUAUGGCCAAGAGGCCACGGUUUGAUGCCCCAAAUGGCUCUGCUGGGGAGAGCUGUCGCCCCCUGAGAAGUGGCUUACAUAAUCGCCCAGGCCUUGAGAACCACCUCUCCCCCUCCGCCUUUCCUACUCCCAUGGGGGAAUUCACAACUCACGUGACGGAUGGUUUUCAAUCAGGCCCCCCACCGCUGAGCUGUGGCUCACAUCAACAGCAGCCACUGGCUCGCCAGCAAAACGCAGCCAUGAUGAUCAAACAAAUGGCAUCUAGAAACCAGCAGCAGAGAAUGAGGCAAGCAGACUUACAGCCUAUAAGUCAGCAUGGGGAUGUUACACAGAAUGGCAUGGUCCACAGAGGACCGAUUGGUGGCAUGUCUCAUUUGAAUUUUGACAAGAAACAUAAUUUUCAUGGAAACUUUGAUACUCAGAACCACCACCUACCUCACGAAAACUCCUGGUUUCCUGACCCACAUCAGCAAUGUAGGGAAACUAACAUUCAUGGAAUGGAGCAGUCACAAAAUGGACAUGAUAUUUUUAGAUCAGGGGUCACAACUGUAGAGAUGCAGUCUUUAAAUUCGCCAGGGCCACAAAAUCAGUUUGAAAAUAGCAUUAACAAUCCUUUGCAGGUACAGAAUUCUGAUGAUGGGACAAUGCAGCCAAAUGCACCCAUGAACAGGAGACAGGGUGAAUUUGGCGGAGGCCCUAUAAGACGUCAGCACAGUUUCCCUCCUGGGGGCCCAAAUCAACAGGGAACCCCUCAAAGCAAUCCUCCCGGUUUCAACUCCUCACCAGGGAACUAUCCCUCCCAUCCUGAGUACAUCUCCAGCCAGCACCUGUCAGUCAAUAAGCUUGGGGCCCUCUCUUUGGGGAAUUUAAACAAAGCAAGUACAAAAGACAGUGUGUUUGGCCAAAGCUGUCUGGCGGCUCUCUCCACUGCCUGCCAGAAUAUGAUUGCCAGUCUGGGGGCCCCAAACCUCAAUGUGACUUUUAAUAAGAAGAGCCAAAAUGAGGCCAAACGCAAACCAGGUCAGGUGGAGAAGGACAUAAAUAGCAGUGGCGGUGUUGGGGCUUGUGGCCCAGGAGCAGAGUAUUUCCAGAGCAGUGCUUCUCAGAAUAGUCAGACGCCUUGCUCUGGGAAUAACAACAAUGCAGCAGCGGGUCAAAGUGCUCUGGGCCAGAUGGUGAAAAGGGAAGCUGCCACCCUCUCCCCAGACAACACUGUGGAUUCUGGGAAUGAAGGCAAAGGAGCAAUAGGCAACGGCCGCGGGAGAGGGAAGAGAAGAAGGGACAGUGGGCAUAUAAGUCCAGGAAAUUUCUCCCCAUCAUGCAGUAGCAACCCUGUGGUUAGUCCAGGCCAGCAAGCAUCUUCUUUGGGCAUGGGUGCUGAAGGCCGAGGCAGGACACCUGAAAGCGUCCUUGUCUCCCCUUCAUUCGGAAAACCUGACCUUACAACCUCAGUGGAUAGUGGAAUUCAAAGCAUGGGCAAGUCUGAUGGCGUUUCACCCUGUAUGGAUUAUCUAGACGAUGCUAGCCCUAACUACGGCAAUGAGGAUGUUAGGACCAACAGAACCAGCAUGAAGUGCAGUUCGGACAAUAGGAGUGGCUAUCCUGACACGCCUUGCAUGGAACAGGUGAGGACGCCACUGGACAGUUCGGCCCAGGACGAGGUGCAUCCUCUAGAGAUUCUUCAGGCUCAAAUCCAGCUGCAGAGGCAGCAGUUUAGCAUCUCAGAGGACCAGCCACUUGCAGGAAAGACUGGCAAAAAGCCAGACUGCCAGUCUGGACUUAACGGAGACUGUGCCAUGGCAAGCUGCAGCCCAGAGCCUGGCAAGGGCACUGUGAAUACCAUUGACCUUGACUCUCUCAUGACAGAGCAACGUGCCACCUGGUAUGGCCCUAGCAACAAGGCUCUGAUAGAGGACUCUAGGAAUGGCAAGUGCAUGGGAUUCUGGGACAGAGCAAGAGGCCAGAGUGACAACAAAGAAGGGCAUGGGUAGGAUCACUUGUUGGAUAUCCCUCAAUGGCUCCUCCCUGAGUCGCCAAAGAGGUGCUGUUCAAGAUUGGUGUAGGAGUGGAGGAAAAUCUGAAGGAGCCCAGUACCUGUCUCUUCACUACACAGGGAGAUUGAGGGAUGAAGGAUCCACUAAAGCUCUCAUGGAGCACCCAAUAUUCAAAUUCAAACAUCCAAGAGCAGCUCCAAACACUUGGGGGUGGGGGUCCUUCCUGCCUGUUUCUACCUGACAGAUCACUGUGGUGGUUAGUCCUUUAUUUUUCGCUGAUAAUUGGAUAAUGUCUUCAUCAGGAACAGUGAGGCCACCGCCAUCUCACAGUGUGUGUUCAAUGCUGCUAGGAGGCCACACACUCUGAGCCUCUACUGGAAGCUCCAACAUAGAGACUGAAGACUGUGACUUAGGAAAGACAAGCACAUCAGAUUGGAAUCUUGGACAGCGUGGCCGAAUUGCUUUUAACAAAUAUUUUUUUAAUCCUUUUCGCCAUUUGUCCUCUUUUCUAAUUUUGUUUUGAUUACCUCAUUUUUUUAAAAAACUGUCACAUGAACAUCAGAAUAUUUUGAGGUUUUUUUUUUUUUUUAAAUGUAGAGACGUUGAUAAAAACCUAAAAAUAUUUCUCCUCAUUGAGCAUACAGAAGGACUUCUCUCUUGGUUUCUGGCCGUUUCAAAUCAUCCAAAAUCUUGCUGGAACACUAUUAUUUUCCUCUAUUUAUUUGAUCCAUUAGAUCAUUUUUUGAUCAUAAGCGAUGAACAUUUUAAAUAUAUAUAUUCACCACAUUUUAUCCAUCACAGAUGGAAACUUGGCUGUGAUAUCAAAUGUCUGUUUUGUCCCUCCUUCUGCUGUUUUAGAGUUAAAACAGAAACUAUUCACAGGAGAAGAACCACUUUCAGUAUUGUGUUAAAAACGCCUGGCAGUUCACUUUGGUCCUCAGUCCUGGAUUUUUCUGACUGUGGUGGGUCAACCUUUUGACUUUGAAAGGCCAGUGGGGGUUCCCUUCUCUCCCUCCUGCUUUUGGAAAUCUGAUAUGUAGGCUGAGCUCAUCCCUUUGUGGCGGCCUGGCCAGUGUCGGAAUGCCAUUGUUUCAAGCCGAUACUCUUCUCUAUUUGGGUUUUCCCCUUCACUCGGCCUUCAUUGACAUACUGAGCUUCUCCCUGCUUUUAAACUAACUGGUGCUGAAUAUGUUUGGCCAGACUUGGCAGCCUAUUCAAGCGGGGACAAUAGCCACUGACAAAAGACUUUUCCUUUUAAGAAAAUGGGUGUCCUUCUGGUGAUUCAAAAGAUCUUUAACCAGUUUAUUGGUGUUUGACACCUCAGUGUUUUCCAUGCUCUACCUCUUUCCGUGCUUAUGAUUUUAAGAUUUGUUUUUUUUUGUUUUGUUUUUGUUUUGUUUUGAAUUUGAAUUUGCUUUUUAGUCAUGACACAUCGUCUUCUUCUUUAAAAAGGCCCUUAACUUUCAUGUGGAUUUUCACAGUGUGAAACCUUUUGAAUGGACUUAUACACAUGCGGAAGUGGCUUUUGAAAUUAAAAGCAGUUGGCAUUGAAAGCCAAGAGCUUUUACUGCAAUAUUUACAAAGCUAAAAUGGUUUUCUUGUAGAAUGUAUAGGAAAUGUAAAUAAACUGUAUAGCAACUGUAUAAUAUGGAUUAAUUGAGAAAUAUGUUGUAAAUCAUUGUUUUCUGCACCUGACACUCAUCAAUAUAAAACGAACUGAGUGCAUUAAUUAUUUGUCCUUUGUCAUUUAUAUUCCAAUGUACCAUCAUUUAAAAAGUUUUUAUCCAAUGUUUUUAUUUCUUUAAGGGUCCAUGAAGGUUGAGAUACAGCCUGAGAAAGAGUGGGUUCAUGUUUACCCUGAACUAAUCUUAAACAGUGGGAAAAUAGUUUUGGAAAGCAACUGUGAAGGGGAAAGAGAGAGAGAGAGAGAGAGAGAGAGAGAGAGACGUUAUUUAGUGAAGUCAAGGGAUACUUUCAGUGAUGCCUGUGAACUGUAGCCAGGCUUUGAGGCGAGUGUAGCGUGCCUCAUUCAUACGCUUUACAUUAAUUUGCGAGCUACAGCCAUGAGAUAUUCAAAAACAAGCAAGCUAAACACAGCUAAAUGUUUGUUAUAUUUGUUUUGUGUGUAUAUCAGAUCAUCAGUGUGACAGGCUUUUAAAGAUGAUGGUGCAGCAUUGUGCAAACCCAAGUCGAAAUGUCUGCCACAACUGAAAGCUAGAUGAUGCAAGGUUUUUGAAAACCUCUCAUAUGCUUCUAAUUAUAGACAGUUGCUGCUAAAUGUACACCCUUUUCAGCUGUGUUACACCACUUCAUGAUCCUCCUUGUUAGGGCAAAUUGGGCUGCAUCAGGAAACAGACUUGUGUGCAGUGCAGAAAGAGUUAACGUUACGGUGUCCUCUGGCUCCCAAGGGUGACGCACAGUCUAAGAGACGGAAUCUUUAACAGGAAAAGCAGUCUGAAAAAUGUCCUAGCACAGCUAGGCCGAAGGUGCAUUUUCCUUGGCUGCCGCCAGACAUUCUUGCACUUGUUUUUCCAAUUUGCCGGGGCUGCAGCGAGACACUUUCCCAUUUAGAAAUGGCUGCAAAUUUCUGCCUUUGCUAGUUCAUAUUGUCAUCAGGGGACUAAUUUUCAGCUCUUUAUAAUUCUGUUUGCUCUAACCAAUGCCUAGAGAUAAGAUUUUUCAUGCUGCAAGAGUUGCAAAUGUACAUAUAUAUUUAUGUAUAACAUAUGUGGAAUUAAUUUGAAUGUAUAUAUGAGCAAUCCUAAGCCAAGCCAUUGAUUUAUAAUGCUUUACACUAAUACCUUUUCAUAUUUAAACUUUAUAUUUACUGUAUUAUGAUCACCUCAUAGUUCUGUUUGUCUUUGCUAUGCUUAUUUGAAUUACAAUAUUUAGAAAAACCGGUUUGUUGGAACAGAAAUAUAUUGGCAAAGCGUCUGAACCUUGCCUCCACCUUAAGCCCGGAAUAUUUGUGUAUGUUUGUUUUAGGAACAGAUCACUUUUCCAUUCUUCAUGUGUGUGUGUGUUUGCCUGAGUGCGGCCGCAUGGUUUGCUUCUUACAUACAUGUUAAUAUGCAGCCCAAGUGGCUACAACAUUAUAGGCCUUUGAGAGGACUGACAGUCUGUCCAUUCACUUGGCCCCAGAGUGGGCUCCACUAUUCAUGUCCGUGCCAUGGUGAGGAUCGCUGGAAAGAGGGAGAAUAGAGGAGGAUGAGGAGGAGGGGCACCUCAGUCCUUCCUUUCCUUCCAGAAUGGGAUUCUGCAAUUGGUGUGCAAAUGCCACUGGCUGCCCAAAGCCAGGCGAUCCCCAAGGAGCCAGUCAGUGGUGGGACGCUGGCUAGGGCCCUUCCUCGUGUCCCCUGAAUUUUUCAUAGGUCAGCCCACACAAUGCACACUUAAAUAGCUGGGCUGCACCGAUGGAAAUCAGCUGCGGGGAGCGAGAGAUGAGGAAGAGAAAAAAUCCCCCCACUGCACAAU